AUGUUUACAGCUUGGGUGGAAGCAAACAAAACAUAUGAAGAGGCGAGGAAUUUGACAUACUCUACUUUUCUUUCUAAGUUUCUUUAUGAUAAAAGAUACCGACGAUGGAAUCCACGUAAAAGAGGUCGUACCAUUGGAAGACUAAUUUGGGUGCCUCCAAGGACCGGUGAGUUGUAUUACCUAAGAAUGAUGUUGACAGUUGUCAAGAGACCGACUUGCUAUAAAGAUAUAAAGAAGGUCGGUGGAAUAGUUCGUGACAAUUUUAGAGAUGCAUGCUUCGAAAUGGGAUUUCUUAAUGAUGACAAGGAAUAUGUUGCAGCCAUAAAUGAGACAAAUGAUUGGGGUUCCGGAUAUUUUUUGAGAAAGUUAUUUGUCACUAUGCUACUGUCCGGUACAAUUAAAAGACCACGACAUGUUUGGAAAAAAAACUUGGAGGAUAUUAUCCGAAGGUAUUCUUUAUCAACAAAGACAAGCGACAAAUAG